UUUUUAGCUCUCAGAUCUACUAUUAUAGAACUACAGAGCCCUACAACUAGCCCAUUCAAUUAAUUUCCCCCAAAUUAUCAAUUGAUAUACAAAAUAUUCGUAAACGUCAACCAGAAGAGGACAUAUUGGGCGUGAAAUUGAUUGAUGAUGUGGAAUUCGGUUGCUAAUUUGAAGGAAAGUUUGAGUAAAAUGGCACUUGAUGUACACGACGAUGAUGGCGAUGAAGAUCUGUCGAUUUAUACUCCCCGCCACGAUCGAUUUGAUAAUAGUAAUUAUAGUAACUCGGUUUCUGAGCAAAGGAUUUCUCGCAAUUUCACUAAUUCGAGGUCACCGACACAUUCGCCAAUUGCUAAUGGAUUUGAGUCCCCUCAUAAUCACGAGAUCGAAAAAUACAAAGUAGAAAUUAAGAAGCUUCAGGAGUCUGAGGCAGAGAUCAAGGCAUUAUCGGUUAACUAUGCCGCAUUGCUGAAGGCAAAGGAGGAUCAAAUUUUGAGGUUGGCUGAAGAAAAUGACUCAUUGAAACAAAAUCUUCUUACAACUAAUGCUGCUCUGAAUGCAUCUAAAAAUGUGCACAAGAGGAGUAACGAUUUUUCACCUAGCCGCCAAAGUAAAACUGCAGUAAAGAAUCGUUCUACUGCAAGCCCACAACAUAAUGGACUAGGAAAUGGAACCACUUCAGCCAAUGGAAAGGAGCUAACAGAUUUGAUAGAAGAAAAAAAUAGUUCCCUUGCAGCAAUGCAAGCUACUCACGAGGUUCGAACGACAGAAUUGGGAAUGGAACUCGAGAAAGAACGUGACAAAUUUGCAACUUUGCAGAAAAGAUUACAAGAGGAGCAGAAUUUGAAUGCAUCUUUUCAGGUGGAGCUCAGAUCAUUAAAAGAUGACAGUGAUAGAAUGUCCAAAGAUAUGAGCAAAGUACACGAUGAACUGAAUCAGAAGAUAUCAGAGAUAAGAAGAUUGCAGAUGGAGUUACAUGGAAGAGAGAGAGAACACACCGAUGACACGAGAGAGAAAUUAAAAAAUGUUAUUUCUACCCUAGAGAAUGAAAAGAGAAAUAUUAAGAAAGAAAGAGAUGAAUUUGAGGCUGCUUUAAAAGUUCGCUCCUCUCCAGUACAUAAAGACAUAUCUGGCGGUAAUGAGAAGGGAGAACCAUCAAAGAAAUUUCCAGAACAGGAAGAGAUGCUGCAAUCAUUGCAGAAACUGGAGAAAGAUUUGAAGGAAACACGCGAAGAAAGGGACAAAGCGUUGCAAGGAUUGAAUCGUCUUAAGCAGCACUUAUUGGAAAAGGAAGCUGAAGAAUCAGAGAAAAUGGAUGAGGAUAGUAAAACUAUUGAGGAACUGAGAGAAACCAAUGAAUACCAAAGAGUUCAAAUAUUGCAUUUGGAGAAAGCUCUUAGGCAGGCAAUUGGAAGCCAGGAAGAAAUUAAAAUGUCUAAUAACAGUGAGCUGAAGAAGUCUAAGGAAACAAUUGAAGAACUUAAUAGAAAAUUGGCUAGCUAUAUUAGCACAAUAGAAGCUAAGAAUAUGGAAGUUCUUAAUCUGCAAUCUGCUCUUGGCCAGUAUUAUGCUGAAAUUGAAGCUAAGGAACGUCUUAGAGAAGAGUUGGCAGUUGCAAAAGAAGAAUCAGCUAGACUUUUUGAGCAGUUGAAGGAUGCACACCAACAAACAGGAGCAUUGAAAGAGGAAAAAGGAGAAAUAUUGGGAAAGCUUUCACAGGCUGAAAGAAUGCUUGGUGAAGGAAAGAGUAGAGUUAAGAAGCUCGAGGAAGAUAAUGAAAAACUGCGACGUGCUCUUGAGCAGAGCAUGACAAGGCUAAACAGGAUGUCUGUGGACUCUGAUUUUCUUGUUGACAGGCGCAUUGUAAUCAAACUACUGGUGACUUACUUCCAGAGAAACCACAGCAAAGAGGUUCUUGAUCUUAUCGUUCGCAUGCUGGGAUUUUCUGAUGAAGACAAGCAAAGGAUAGGUAUUGCCCAACAAGGGGCUGGCAAAGGAGUAGUUCGGGGUGUCUUGGGUCUUCCUGGUCGAUUAGUUGGUGGCAUUAUGGGUGGUGGUUCCGCUGAAGCUCCCACAACUAUGGCAUCUGAGGACCAGUCUUUCGCAAAUCUGUGGGUUGAUUUUCUCCUCAAGGAGACCGAAGAAAGAGAGAAGAGGGAGUCUACGGAUGCUGCAAAUGGAGCCAAUGGAGAACAUAAAGAAAGUCCAAACCCUAUUGGGAGUGUUUCACCUUUGUCAGAUAAAAAGGGGAAUAAUGCUGCCGCCGCUCCAACUUUCUCAAGAUCAAACCCUUUUCAAAACCAGAACCGAAGCCCUGAGUCAUCUCGUGGAAAUUUCCUGAAGCCUGAACAUUCUGAUUCAGAGUUUUCUACGGUACCAAUCACUUCAUCUGAAAGCAAUUCACAUAUUUCUAGACUGCUUCCGAGAUAUUGAUGAUUUAUAUAAAAUGUGUUCUAUAAUGGUAUAUAUUUUUUCAUUCACUUCUGUGCAACUAGUGACGGUGAAAUUUGUUCUUUCAAUUCUUUGUCCCUCUAUGUUGCACAAGUUGAUACCUAUGUUGGUUGAAAUUUGCUUGCACAAUAUUGAGAUUGUCACAAACAUGAUUGUACAUCGAAGAGAUCUUAGAGAGUGAAAUGUACAUAAACAUGACAAUUAAUACAUUAUUUUUUUACGUUAUUGA